AUGCCAGCACCAUCCGAUACUGACACCGAUGUACCAGUGCCAAAUUCGUCCGACGUUUUAGUCGUUUCGCCACUCUCCACAGUAGUUGUAGCAGUUCUUGUUCUCCCUGAAGUUCCUUGGUCUGACGUGGUCUCGGAUCCCGUCUCAAGGAUGGCGGUAGAGGCGUUGUCGCUUCUGGGUCCCACUGCAGUCGAAGCACCAUCGCUUCUCGGAGCAAUCGCAGUUGAAACAUCCGAUUUUCCAGAUUCAUCUCUGGAAUAA